AUGGCGCCGCCCUCGGAACGCAUGGGAACCGUUACGUCGCGGACUGAAACCAACGUUUCAGACAGACCGCACUUUUUGUGCACUUGGAAUCGAAUGCACUUAUAUGAAAAAACACAUAACAAACAUUACUGCGAUGUUAUCGAUGCUAAUGAAGAUAUUACAAUAUCUGCGGCUCAAGGUCGCGCCGGCCAGUGUCAGCCCAGCGACAGCGCUGUAUACGUGGAGAUGGACACAAUAUCGCAUUACUUAGCGAAACAUCAAACGGAAAUAGACGAAUGCAUUCAGUCACACAGUAUACAAACCAGAUUCACUGAUUACCGCCGCGAGUGUUGGCGCUGGACGGCACGGCGCAUGCGCAGCCGGCCGGCGCAGGCUCGCCGCCGUAGCGGAUACAAGGGCACGCCCCGCGCGGCCUGCGCCGGCGCCGCCCUCCGGCCGCCGCCCGCCGGACCACAGGAAAGCAAUAUAAAUUCGAUGCAUAAUUUUUCAGAGUCGGCAAUAAAUCGACGCGAAUAUAGCGCGCGGCCGUCCGUCCGGACGGACGCUAAUGUAUCGCGUAAAUCAGCCGCGAGCCGACCAGCCGUGCGGCUGACACUGGGGCCGUGCCAAUGUGGAUUCUAUGUGCACGCCAUAAGGCGGAAAAUCGGUAUUUGGUGUGCAAUGUAA